AUGGGGCGGGAGCAGAAACGGCGGCAGGAAGCGCGAAGAGUCAAGCAGCUUCUUGAGCGAGGCCAAGUGGAUCGCAGGUUGCUGACGGCGGAGGAGGCACAGAAGUUGUUUCUAUGUAUUGACAGAGGCGAGGUCCAGCAGUUCGGGAUUGCUGCUUUGGCUGCUAUAGAACUUAACGGACAUUACGAAGCCCCUUGGUGCUGUGGUGUGCCCAAGAUGUCUUUGCUGGACUUUGCAGCUUGGCGUGGCCGGGACAGUUUCGUUUCUGCUUUGGUGGCUGCCAAUGCUGACCCAACGGAGAAAGCCCUCGACGACGCGGCCACCAUCAUGGCAAAGCUACCCAGGUCGUAUGUCGCUUGGCUGGCGCGUGCCGCCGCCCAGUCCAGGCAUCGAGCUGGCCAAGCUGCGUCGUCGAAUGUGCAUCCGUCUGGUGCGAACUGCAUCUGCAAAGACGGCAAUUCGCAGUUCGCGUCUCUGUGGAUAUUUUCGCCCUGUGCGCACCGCUGUUGUCCUCUGUGUCCUUGGCGCGGCUUUCGCGGGUUUGGCUAUGGACAAGUGCCGGAACUGCUGUGUCCUGUUUGCGGUGUAUCGUUUCAGGAUCCUGCUUUGAGUUUCGUGGGACAGCGCCGGGGCAUCAUCAGGCACGGUCCUGCUGGUCCUCUUGCUGAACAUGUCCCUUGCAAGACUUGCGGCUGUCUCAAUGCACCUGGGUCGUGCUACUGCAUCAACUGCAGCUUCGCGGUGGGUCAAGUGUCCUCCUUCACCCAGGAGCCAGAAGCAAAGCUGCAGAGUUUGGGUUUUUUCUUGCCAGAUUGGCUAAGAACACAUGGGCAGAAGGCACUGCGACGGCGGCGAACUCUCAAGAAAUGGCAGGCAUUGCCGGAAGAAAUACCAGAAGAUAUGGAAGAACGCUUUGAACUGCAAGCUGCUCUGGAGGCCAGCAGGCCAAAGCAUGGAAAUGCUGGAAGUUCGGAGUUUUGCCUUCCAGCAUUUUCUGCAAUCUGCGCACUCUGCACACCCCUCUGCACACCCUUGAGGCCCUUGCUCCAAAGCCUGGGUUGCAGAGACGGGUCUCUGCAUUCGGCUAAGGUGGCGAAGGCUAAGCCAAAACGGCUCGCCGGCGCCUUCCGUGCUCUGAGUCCCAGCGAAGUGGCUGCGGAAAAGCUGGGCGUCACACGGAAGAACCGCUCCGAGCGCUUCCGAGCAGCGGCCGAAGUCGGAGAUUUUCGACGAGUCCAAGCAAUGCUGGAUGCCGGAGUGGACAUCGAUUCGCCCAACGAGUAUGGUCAGACGCCCCUCUUUUUGGCAGCCUUCGAAGGGCAUCGAGACUUGGUUCAGUUGCUUCUUUCCUGGGGCGCUGAUCCGACCAAGCGCUGCCAUGGUGGCGGCCUUCCGGCUCUCGCUCCCUCAGCCUCAGCCCUUCGGAUGCGGUCGCCCAGGUGUGACCCGGUCUUUCCGGUGAGACUGCCGUUGCCAGAGCACGUGGCUCAUCUCGGAGCCCUACACGUCGACAGCUUUUUCGAGGAAUGCUUUCUGACAUGGCUCCAGGAGCUCUGGAAGUCCCUUCCGCCUGCUCCUUUCGCACACGAGGGCGAUGCACCCGAUGAACCUCUAGCUGAGGAAUCUCAGCACCAGAAAAUGCCGUGCUCCCGUUCAAAGGCUCGAGGCCGUGGAGUGGACCGAAGCCGUCAAGACGCUGCACCGCAAAGAAGCUACUACUUCGACGCAGAUGGCCUCGUGACAUCGCAGCUUGCGGCAGCAGUGGAGUGCGCUGGUUUAGAGGCGGUACCACAGAUGCGCUUCCUGCACUAUGCCAGAGCCGGGGGCUCCUUGCCACCGCACACGGAUCUUUCGAGGCGUGAUUGGCGCACCGGGCAGCGAACGAGCCAUACCUUCAUUUUAUACCUUGAGGGGGCUGUGGAGGAGGGAGGUGGCGAAACAGUCCUGCUGGAGAGUCUGUCCGGUGGCCCUCUCGCCGAAGUGAGCCCUGUUCGUGGAAGGCUGCUAAUCUUUCCCCACGACUGUGCGCACAAGGCAAUGCCUGUCGUGCAGCCAAAGCUCCUGCUUCGGGGCGAGAUGAGAGAAAAACACAUGUUCGGUUUGUUGAUGCUUUGCUGUUAG